AUGCUAGCAUUUUGCUGGCUUUUUCUGCUGUUAAUGAAUAGAACAGAGGCCACAGGAUUCAGCAGUCCAGGUCUUCACAAGUGCGCUGUCGUGAGAUACCGAGCCAUUAGUGACCAGGUGUUUGUCUUACCAUGUGAUCUGCUUCCUAAGGACAAUGUCUCAAUCUUUAAUAAUUGUUGCCCUUAUGGUAGUCAGGUAGAGUGGUUCUGGAAAUCAAGUGAUGGCAAAAUCCAAAAGGUUCUCAACCAUAGAACAGUAAAUCCUACUUAUUGCGGAGAUGUUCUUUGGUUUAAUCCAAUAAGGGUUCAGGAUUCCGGAACAUAUAUCUGCACGAACAGGGGAAAACACUUAUGUGUCGAUAUUUUCGUGGAUGUUCAAACAAAAGAGAUGGCUAAUUGUUCAAAAAAUUUCAGGAGUAGCUUGCGCUUGAUUGUUGAAAAUGGAGAGUCUAUUGCUUGUCCUGGGAAAAGCUGUUACAGUCAUUUUCAAACCUCAGCAGUUAAAUGGUACAAGAAUGGAAAACAAUUAAAACUUCAAAAGAACAGACUGGGCUUGAAAUUGCGGCAUGAUAAGAUUUUAUUACAACCAGCCUAUGACCGAGAUAGUGGUAAUUACACAUGUGAUUAUAUGCUUAUGGAUAAAAAUACCUGGUGGAAUAUGAGAACGAUAGUAAAGGUGGUUGUCACAUCAAAAGACUCUGACAACCCCCCAAUAGUUCUGGAUCCUGCUGGUGAGAAGAAUCUUGAAGCAGACCUUGGGCAACCUCUUGAGCUUAAAUGCCAAGUAAAAUUUGGAUUUCAUAGUACUGCCUCAUCUUUAGUACAAUGGUACAGACAAAAGGAACUGGUUUACCAGAAAAGGUUUUUUCCAAAUGAACUUGGAGAUGAAACCUUUAUUGACACUUUCAGGCUGGAGGAAGUGACUGAAAAGGAUUUAUGCACAGUCUUUGUCUGCCUGGCUAAAAACUCUGUUGGGGAAUCGGUGGGGCAAUUCAGACUGAAGAGGAGAAAGAAAAGAGUCCCUUUCCUGCUCACUUUGUGUUGUGCCAUUGCUACUCUGUUCGGAAUAUUUUUGGGAAGUGUACUUGCUUACCAACACUGGAUUGAAAUAGUGCUGCUGUAUCGAAAUUACCUGGCCAAAGAUGAAACCGUGGGUGACGACAAAGAAUAUGAUGCAUUUGUAUCCUAUGCAAAACCAGACUUUCUUGCACCAGAUCCGCUGUUGCUGAGUGAGGAACAGUUUGCCUUGGAAGUUCUUCCUCAGAUUUUAGAAAACAAAUAUGGGUAUAAGCUGUGUUUCAUUGAACGGGACAUCCUUCCAGGAGGAGUAUACACUGAUGACGUCGUGAAUGCUAUCAAAAGAAGCAGACGGACAGUUGUGAUCUUAAGUCCAAGCUAUGUCAGUGGACCAGCCAUGUUUGAGCUUGAAGCAGCAGUCAAAACUGCUCUGGAAUUCCCAACAAUAAAGGUCAUUCUAGUUCAAUUCAAGCCUUGCCAGGAGCCAGAGUCAUUACCUUGCAAAGUGAAGAAAGCUCUCAGGAUCUUGCCCAGGAUUACCUGGGAAAUGUCUACCUCUCUUGCUGGUAAUAAGCAAUUCUGGAAAAGACUACGCUAUCACAUGCCAGUGAAACACAUUAAAGGAACUGAGGAAGAGCCUUUAUACUUUCCUCCCACUAGUUACUAA